AUCUGUGAAUGAUCACAGAGGUCACAUGGUACAAGGCUAUUCACAACAGCCUUGUACCAUGUGACAAGCUGUGACCAAUCACAGCUCUCACAGUAUUUCUCAAUGGCUGUAAGAAUGCAGCCAGAGAGAAGGAGAAAUGAUUGCUUUUACAGCCUUUAUGGGUGUAAAAGCAAUCAGUGUGAAAAAAAAAAAAUCUUCAUCACCCCCCACAAGUACUACAGUGUCACUAUGGUGACACUGUACUACUAGGGUGACACAUCGUCUGUGCGAGCACUGACUGCUCAUCACCCACAGAGGUAAGUACAGAGGGGACCAUGGGGGUGGGGAGGCUGU